UGGCGGAAAAGAAAGGCGAAACUUCGCUUUCUGCACCUGUAGAGCUCUUAACCAUCGUUUAACAAUUGGACCUAAUCGCUCCGGACUUGUAUGUUACGUUGUACUAACCCUUGGUUUACCCAUUGAAUAUAGCUGCACUUUAUUUACGUCGACGAGAUGGAGUCUUCUGUCGUCUGCACUGAAACCUUUGCAACAGACGGCUGCAUCAUGCCUGGAAAGAAAAAAAUCCCAAGGGAUGUGGAGUCAGACAUUGAAUCCCUCUACAAGGCUGUUCCUCAGCUUGCCAAGACCUUUCGCAUCAUAGACAAAAUCGGAGAAGGGACAUUCAGCACAGUCUACCUUGGUGAGGCUCGGAUGCGUGACGGUAGCAGAGACGUGUUUGCCCUCAAACAUCUCAUCCCUACCAGCCAUCCCGCUAGAAUUGCUGCCGAGCUCCAGUGUCUCACCGUUGCUGGGGGCAGGGAAAAUGUAAUGGGUGUGGAGUACUGCUUCAGGAAGGAGGAUCAUGUAGUGAUUGUCAUGCCUUAUAUGGAACAUCAAGCAAUAGUGGACAUCAUCGGCUCAUUGAGUUUUGAAGAGGUUCGUCUGUACAUCUACCACCUGUUGAAGGCCCUCAGACACAUUCAUCAGUUUGGUAUAAUCCAUCGCGACGUCAAACCAAACAACUUCCUCUACAACAGGAAGGCGAAGACGUUUGCCCUGGUGGACUUCGGCCUGGCUCAGGGAACUGCCAACACUCAGAUCGAGUUGCUCAAGGUGGUCAGACAGAAGUUGUCACAACCCAAAGCCGGAGGCUCCAGAGAGAGACGAGACAAAGCGUCACCUCGAUCCCCCUCUACCAACACAGCCUCCACCUCACUGCCUCCACCACCAUCCACAGCUCACCCACCUUCCUUCUCCUCUUCCUCCACCGCCAACACCUCUUCAACGACUCGGAAAGCGCAGAUUAAAAAAUCACGUUCUGUCACGACCACAGCGGGGGCCUUUACUUCUCAAACAAAGCACACAAAGGAUUUAGUGGGGUUACGCAAAGCACCCAGGCCCGUAUUUAGCGAGAGGAACCUGAACAGCUGCGCUUCAACUACCACAACCACCAAACAAGAAACUAAGACACAAUUUGCAAAACCUGUGAAAACAGGAGAGCUUUCAAGUCGAAGGUUCCCUUCAGCCAGAGGGGGACCAGCAACUGUCAGAACGCAGAAAGCUAAGCGAGGUGUCCACCCGCUUCUCACCUGUAACUGCUUCCAAACAGACCGUGUCUGCAACGUCUGUCUGUCUAGGAAGCAGCAGGUGGCUCCCAGGGCGGGAACUCCAGGCUUCCGAGCGCCAGAGGUUCUCACCAAGUGUCCAAAUCAAGGCACAGCUAUCGACGUGUGGUCAGCUGGCGUCACCUUGCUCUCGCUGCUCAGUGGACGCUACCCGUUCUUCAAAGCCAAUGACGACAUGGUGGCUCUGACUCAGAUUAUGACGAUACGAGGUUCCAGAGAGACUGUACGAGCUGCCAAGGAAUUCGGCAAGGUGGUGUUGUGCAGUCGGGAACUUCCCCGGCAGGACCUAAGGUUCCUCUGUGAGACGCUCAGAGUACAAAGACCAGAAGAAGUCACGUCGAUCAGUAAGUCCAAGUUUGAUUCUAAACCUUCGGAUGAACGACCUAAAAACCAAGCAGGCGAGACUCCGCCGCUGUUCCCGAAAAGCCAGGAUAAAACCCCAAAACCCUCCUCACGGAAGGACUGCCUGGCCCACGAUGAACGGGGGUGGGAUACAGUACCCAACGAGGCCUACGACCUCCUGGACCGCCUACUGGAUCUGAACCCGACUACCAGACUUACAGCAGCACAAGCCCUGGAGCACCCGCUCUUCAAACACUUGUAAAUCCCCACCAUUACACUAUUCACAAAAACUUUGGGAUAUUCGACUUUUGGGUGGAAUUUCAAGAUGAACCUAAUCUGCACUAUAGCCUUUAAAGGUGGACUUCAUUUGACCUUCCUUGAACUUUUGAAUGCCUUUUUGUGACUCUUUUGGUUAUCUCUGUUGAUAACAUUCUGUGACGCUCAGAACUCAGUGAGGCUUCCGACAAGAUGUUCUCAAGACGAAAGUGGCUACAGUGUCAUCAGAGGUUGCAACAGAGAUUAGCAUAGAAGUAGACCUCCAUGGAAAUUUUCACUUUCUCAUUUAAAUGGCAGCUAUGAUGUAGAAGAGUAAGUAAGGUAAAGAGUGUCAAUUUCAGCUGAGUUUUAUUUGUAAAGGUAGAAAUUCUGAUUCUGCAUUUUUAAUGACUCUAUAGCUAAUGGUAUAUGUAUAGACAGGAGUGGGCAAAGUAUAUACAUAUAGUAUAUGUUCCUUAAUCCAGCUCACCAAACAUCAAGAGUCUUGUAAUAUUUGUUGCAUUAAUUUUGCUAGUUUCCCCCCUAAAAUUGCUUAGUUAAAAUUUAUUUUAUAUUUUGUAUUAAUUUAUCUCAAUUGUACAUUUGGUUCACUGAUUUAUUGUAUAUAAUUAAAAAAAUUAGUAAAACGUAAUUUAACACAUUUUAUACUUCAAUCCCCUUUUGAACAUGUCUAAAAUGUCUGCUUUGCCUUUUUUUAUAUACCUUUUCUGUUUUUAAUUUGUUUUUAUUGCUAACAUCUUUGAAACAAAGAGUUUCAGUUUAUUAAUUUGGUUAAUUGGUUAUAACUAAAUUAUAAUAAAACUGAAGUACUUCUCCCCUAA